GGCAAUCGGAGGAUUGAACGUAAGGCUGGGGAUUUCCGUAAAGCUGCUCUGAGCAGGCACCGUCUCGAGAACAGCCUUUAUUCUUGAGCCGGGUGUAAAACUUGUCAGCGGUUCUAUUACAGAGUAAAAAAUAAUAUUUGGAAGGAUAAAGGGAAGGGGAACUAUAUAUUAACUCUACAAUCAGACUGGGUUCCAUUCUACUCCCAAGAAUUCUGUCAUAAUGGGAGAUCUCAUUUUGUUUGAGACUGGAUAUAGUUGAAAUCAAACCACACACCAAGAGGGUAUGAUGGAUAAGAAGCCCCCAAAACCAGCUCCUCGCAGGAUCUUCCAAGAAAGGUUAAAGAUUACUGCUCUACCUUUGUACUUUGAAGGUUUUUUGUUAGUCAAGAGGUCAGAAUGCCAGGAGUAUAAACAUUACUGGACAGAGUUGAGAGGAACUACACUUUUUUUUUAUUCUGACAAAAAAAGUCCAACAUAUAUUGACAAGUUAGACAUAAUAGACCUCACAUGCCUUACUGACCAGAAUUCAACCGAAAAGAAUUGCGCAAAAUUCACCCUUGUUUUACCAAAAGAGGAAGUGCAACUGAAGACAGAAAACGCAGAAAGUGGGGAAGAGUGGAGAGGCUUCAUUCUUACAGUAACAGAGCUCUCAGUUCCCCUACACGUGUCACUCCUUCCUGGGCAAGUAAUUCGACUGCAAGAAGUCCUAGAGAGAGAGAAAAGGAGGAGGAUUGAGACAGAGCGGAUACCGAGUUCAGCUAUAGAAAAGGAGCAGGAACCUACUGAAGAUUAUGUGGAUGUACUGAACCCUAUGCCAGUAUGUUUUUAUGCGGUGUCCCGGAAAGAAGCAAUCGAGAUGCUUGAGAAGAACCCUUCUUUGGGAAAUAUGAUCCUGAGGCCUGGUAGUGACAGCAAAAACUAUUCCAUCACUAUCCGGCAGGGGAUAGACAUGCCAAGAAUCAAGCACUACAAAGUGAUGAGUGUAGGAAAAAACUACACCAUUGAACUGGAAAAACCUGUAACGCUCCCAAACCUGUUCAGCGUCAUUGAUUAUUUCAUGAAGGAGACUCGAGGAAAUUUACGACCAUUUAUAUAUUCAACUGAUGAACACCUUGAGACCAAAGGAUUUCCUGUAUGAUCUCUAAAACUGAAAAAAAAAAAUGUUUAGGGUGGCAGGGAUUGUGAUAUAAUUGCUUCAUGUCAGUUAUCUAAUACUGUGUAACAAACUACCCUAAAAUAUGGUAGUUAAGUCAGUAACCAUUUUAUUCACAAUUCUGUGCUUUGGCGAUUUGGAUUGGAUUCAGCUGGGCAGUUCUUCGCUAGUCUCACUUGCUGUCACUUACACAAUGGUAAUUAGCUGGUGGCCUGCCUGGGGCUGUAUGUUUCAAGUUGGCAUCAUUCACACAUCUGAUGCUGGUGGUCAGCUGGAUCUGGCUGUACCACUCUUUUCACAUAUUCUCUAAUAAUUGAGUUAGCUCAAGCUCUCCCACACAGAUCUCGGAUCUGUUAAGAAAAGGAUAGCUCAAAUCCUUGGGCUAGAAAUUCUUAGUGUUAAGAAUCAAGUAUGGCCCUGUUGGAGGUUUUAGUAUGGCAGAAACUGUGAAUUAAGUAAAUAAAUCCGAGAGUGAAGUGUCUUAUGUACAGGGGCUGUACAUCUUUCUUUUUUAAAAAUUUAAUUUACAUGCAAUAAAAUUCACUUUUUGGUGUAUGGUCCUAUGAGUUUUGACAACCACCACUAGAAUAAAAAUACAGAAAGUUCUGUCACCUCAAA